UGUAUUCUCGCCAUUCGUUCGAGUACUUCCGAGCAAUUCACAGUGAAUAUUUGUUUCAUUCCCAGUAAAUAUUUUUUGUUUCGACGUGAGCGUACUUUUUUCGUCUAGAUUGUGAUUUCAAAGUUUUACGGGUGAAUUUUUACGAGAAUAUAUUGAGAUUCGGAAUAGAACAACUAAAUUUUUCAAAACUAGCAAGCCAAGGCUUUUGUGUACUCGUGGUACAAUUUUUUGGCCCCAGCAAAUAUAAGAUCCCCAGUCUGACAAUCAUGAAUUGGAAGAAGAUUCCCGUGGAUGAUACAGUGGAGAGCUUUGAUAGUAUAACCACAAUCCAGUUUUUUGGCGAAAAUAAAAAAUCAACUAAGAUUCUAGUAAAGCCCAAGCCUCGUUCCGAGGUGUCCGAUAAAUCCGAUAAAUUGGAGACAGCCAAGAAGCUGCCUCGUUCCGAGGUGUCCGAUAAAUCCGAUAAAUUGGAGACAGCCAAGAAGCUGCCUCGCUCCGAGAUGACCGAUAAUUUGGAGACAGCCAAGAAGCUGCCUCGCUCCGAGAUGACCGAUAAUUUGGAGACAGCCAAGGAGUUGCCUGGCUCCGAGAUGUCCGAUAAUUUGGAGACAGCCAAGGAGUCGCUACAUGACGCUGUCGACUUGCAGAAACCAAUUCAAAAGUAAACUAAAAUAUACAAAGCAAAACGAUGACGGAUGGCGGAUGGCGAGUUCGAGUUCGAGUUAAAUAUGUUCCUAAUUGAGUGGAAUAUUUUUUGGUCAGUCUGUUUUAAAUUGUAUUGUCUAGCAACCUGAUAUUGUUUCGAAAUGCAUGCGGGUAAUCCUUGAAUGCAGACACAAAUACACAUACAUAUUGCAUGAAUAAAGUCUGCAUCCCCCCCAAGUA